AUGAACGAGUCGGAAGGAUCCAAUUCUUCGUAUAACAAUGUUCAGGUAUUUGAAUCAAAAAGGAAAAGUUUCAACUAAUUUUAAGCCGAUGUUGCCUUUUGACUUCCAUGGCUUGGAAAUUUUAAGUAAUAUCACUUUACUAAACAUUUCAAAGGUUUUAUCAUUUGUUCAAAAAUAAUCUUGGUGAUUGAUUUACAGGAAAACCAAAUAACGGAUGAUAAAAAUGAAGAAUCGCCACGGUUUGCUUACAUCGUUAAAGAUCCGCAAGAUCGAAUGGUUCGUAAAAUAAACCUUUUUCAGAUUUUUGAUAAUAACGACUUCCAUUUUAAUUAUUCGUUUGAACUUAAAUUCAGUUUCUACCUGAAUAAUCUUACGAUCAAUUCGAAAGCUCCAUUUGUAAUUUAAAAUCCAAUUCCCAGAUAUUACAAGUGGUCGACAACGCGGAAAACGAGACAAAAGGCCAGGGCCUACCAUUUUCCUUGUCAAUUUUCGACUCAAAGAGAAAGGUUCGGUGGAAAAAUCGAAAAAAAAACCUAGAAUAUUCAGCAAAUCGCGACUCUCGACCGAGUUAUAAAGCCCCAAUGGAGAGCGCCCUGUUACGGCCCUUCGGAUCAGCUUUUCGUGUAUCAUCCGCCAAAAGCGCUGGUAAGAUGACGUCAUAGCAAAGUGUAUUAUGACGUCAUAUUGGAGUCCGGCGUCAUCACGAGCAGCCCCGAGUUCUGGUGCUCCCCGGCGAGGCGAAUAUCAGUUCGAGCCGACCAUGGUGACGUCAUCUUGACUGCUCGUUACUGUGACGCCGUUUCGCGGUUCGAGGUCUCACUACAGUAACAGUGCGUUGCGGUCGCGUUGCAGUUCCAUCUAGCUCUCUGUAGCCGCAACCCGUUGAAACCAUUCCCUGAGCAUCCACCUGCACAUCUAACCCACACAUUCAGGUGACCGAUCCGAGGCACAAUUUCGUCGGCGAGAUCCACCGGAAAGUCUCCACACUGGGCAAGUAUCCCUUCACGACGCAAACGACUUUCGGUUGCUCCUGUAAGUCAUGCCAGGCUUACAGUAACUUAAAGCCUGCACAUCUUAGUUUUGCAAGGGCUCGGCGUCGCCACGAAGCUCAACAUGUUGGCCCUCGCCUUUUACAUUGUAACUUUCUAGAGGAAAAACAGUUUAAAAUGCAAAAUUGAGGAGUUUGAGUGGUUCCAUCACGUUCAGGACACAACACCAGUCGAAGUUGAACGUAAAAAUGAAUGAUUGACUUGAAAAAUGAUUGGAAACAAGUUCAGGCGGUUUAUGGUUCACGCGCUCGCCGCCGUACGCUUCAAAACAGCCCAAACCGUUUUUUGUUGGGCUUCAUGAAGUGAGUUUCGUCGGCUGCGCGGCGGUCGCGUCGCGGUUCCUAGUCUACCUGCGGAAAAGCGAGAUAGAUAGGCGACGCCUGAAGAGACGCCAGAGAAACUAG